AAAAAACAAACCCAAACAGCGGUUGAGCAACAUCAGAAAUAGAGAUUAUUCAUUGGGUGUUGCUUUUUUAGAGAGGCAGGUGAAAUUUCAUUGCUUUUUUCAUGUGCGAUCUUAUCUGUUUACAGCAUCUUUUGCUUCUUAAUACGUGAUUAAAAACAACAACAACAACAACAUCAACAGCACCACAGUGGGCUGAUGGAGCACAUAAGGACCCCGAAGGUGGAGCAGGUGAAGCUUGUGGAUCGCUUCAGCAACAAGUCGACGACAGGAACGCUGUACCUGACCGCCUCACACCUCAUCUUCGUGGACAGUAACACGGCCAGCGCUCAGGAGAUAUGGAUUCUUCACCACCACAUCGCGUCUGUAGAGAAGCUCUCUCUGACCGCUGGCGGCUGCCCGCUCCUCAUCCAGUGCCGCAAUUUCCGGGUCGUUCACUUUGUGAUCCCGCGUGAGAGAGACUGCCACGACGUCUACAGCUCGCUGCUCCGGCUGCUCCGGCCAGUGUCGUACGACGAGCUCUACGCGUUCUCCUACAACCCGAAGCAGAACGAGCAGCAGAGGGAGGAGGGCUGGCAGCUGAUUGACCUGGGGGCGGAGUUUGAGCGUAUGGGUGUACCAUGUGACCAGUGGCAGCUGACGGACGUUAACAGAGACUACAAGGUGUGUGAGACGUACCCCAGAGACCUGUAUGUUCCCAUCACGGCCAGUAAACCCAUCAUCGUGGGAAGCUCCAAGUUCAGGAGUAAAGGCCGCUUCCCCGUCCUGACCUACUUUUACCAGGAAAAGAAGGCUGCAGUGUGUCGAUGCAGUCAGCCACUCUCAGGCUUCAGUGCUCGCUGUCUGGAGGAUGAACACAUGCUGCAGUCCAUCAGCAAAGCCAACCACAACAACCGCUUCGUUUAUGUCAUGGACACCAGGCCUAAGUUAAACGCACUGGCCAAUCGGGCGGCGGGGAAAGGCUACGAGAACGAGGACAACUACUCCAACAUCCGCUUCCAGUUCGUGGGCAUCGAGAACAUCCACGUGAUGAGAGCCAGCCUACAGAAACUUCUGGAAGUGGUUGGUACUCGUGGUCUCUCCGUGACCGAGUUCCUGGUAGGACUUGAAAGCAGCGGCUGGUUGCGUCACAUCAAAGCGAUUGUUGAUGCUGCCAUCUUCCUCACAAAGGCGGUGACUGUAGAGGGCGCCAGUGUGCUGGUUCACUGCUCCGACGGCUGGGAUCGCACGGCUCAGGUCUGCUCGCUGGGCGCGCUGCUCAUGGACCCUUACUACCGCACCAUCAAAGGCUUCAUGGUGCUGAUCGAGAAAGACUGGAUCUCCUUCGGACACAAGUUCGCAGACAGGUGCGACCAGUUGGACGGCGACCCGAAGGAGGUAUCUCCCAUCUUCACGCAGUUCCUGGAGAGUGUGUGGCAGCUGACGGAGCAGUUCCCGCAGGCCUUCCAGUUCAGCGAGUGGUUCCUCAUCCAGAUCCACGAGCACGUGCACUCGUGUCAGUUCGGAAACUUCCUGGGGAACAACCAGCGGCAGAGAGAGGAGCUGCAGUUAAAAGAGAGGACGUACUCCUUGUGGGCUCAUCUGUUAAGCGAGCAGCAGAACUUCCUCAACCCUUUGUACAGCCCGAGUUUCGCAGAAUCACACCCGGUUCUGGAACCUUCCACACAGUCCUGGAACUUUAAGUUUUGGAGAAACAUGUACCACCAGUUUGACCGCUCCAUGCAUCCACGCCAGUCGAUCCUCAAACACACUCUCGCACUUAAAGAAAGCAACAAGGAACUGGAGAACACGGUGCGAGGGCUGCAAGAGAAGCUGCAGAAGUUUGGAGUAAGCACGUCUCCUCUGAACCACCAGAAGGAGCGCAGUAUUCCUUCUCGGCCGCGGUCUCUCAUCCUCGGAGCUCCGGUCAGCCGAAAGGAGGCGCAGCAGGACGAAGACGAGGAGGAGGAGAUUUAUGGAGAAGAGGCGCUGGAGGAAGAGGAAGACGUCCCACCCAGCAGCAGCGGAGAACGGACAGUAGAGGGCAGCAGUGCCUCAGACAACGGCUACACGGAGCUGCAAGGCUCGUUCGGCUCCAAGAGCGAGCCGGCUGUCGUCAGUCUGGAGUUCGGAGUGGCCCGAAUGACCUGCUGAGGCUCGCUGGAGGACUGAAAUGUGUAUAUUGGUCAGGAUCAGUGAUGAGAGAUAGAUGAAGAACAUACGUGCGAGUGUGUGAGUGUGGGUAUGAGUGUGUGUCUGAAUAUUUGGCAUCAGCGAGGCUGUGAGCAUACGUGAUGACUGCCAUGUGUAAAAAAAAAAAUAAAAAGAAGGAUGUGUUCUCUAAUGUAAAUCCAGUAUAGAUGAGCUGUGUGUCAUAGUCCGGAAUGAGAGGAGAUGAAUUUUUUAAAGAAUGUUAAUAGCACCAAAAGAAGCAAAUUAAAUGUUUAAACAAAGAGGAUGGAAAGAA